AUGGAGCGUUGGUCCCAACUACAGGAGAUGGUGAUCGGCGGGGAUGCCCGAGCUGAUGAGAUCUGCCAGCUGCUGACGAACGAGGCCGACACGGACCUGCGCAGGUCGGUGCUCCUGCAGCGACUCGUGGACGUGCUUGGAGAGGGCUUCACUGCGUUGAGUGCACAGAUGCAGCUGCAGUGGAUGCUGUUGGAGGACGCCGUCGCCUCCGGAGUGGCGGAGAUGUUGAUGCGCGAUGUGCCGGAGGCGGUCAAAGUCUAUGACGACAAUUCCGAGGAGGAGGAACAGGGUGUGGUGGCGUGCCCGUGGACAGAACAGGCUGAGGCCGCGGAGUUGGAGGCGGCGGCAAAUAUCUCACACGACUUCGUCGACGAGGAUCCGAUUGUGGAGCAGCCUGAUGACGAUCACCUGGACGAGCAGGCGGAUGCGAACGAGGAGGUGCCCCAAAUCCUCUUCGACAGGGUCAACCCAGUGGUCGCCAUCGGCAAAAAAG